CAUCCUGAAUCUGAUCUAAACACUACAUAUAAUAAGUUAAAGCAUAGUAUUGCAGAAGCGGAUACUAAUAACAAUAAUCAUAAUGAAAGUUUCAUAUUAGAAAAAAGGAAACGAAAAUAUUUAACAAAAUUCAAAUGUGAUAUUUUUGAAAGAUUAGUUGAAUUUGAUACCUUGUCACAAGAAGAAAUAUCAAAAGUAUUAAUAGAGAUUUGUACCUUAUCUGAUACUAAACCAGAGAACUGGGAUACAAAAAGGAUUCAAAAUAUUUGGCUUAGGAAAAAGUUGGCAAAGAAAAAAAAAGUUGGCAAUAAUGUUAAUAUUAUUUCAUCUUUUAUG